AUGUUUGGAUCCACCGCUGAUGAUGAGUGUUUCAAUGAAAUAAUCAAUUCUCAAACAAAUAAUGGUAAUUUCAAAUGUCGUGAAUUAAUCUCUGGGCCAUUCAAGAUUAAACUCUCGGAAAAAAAUAUUGACUCUCUUAAAAAUUAUGCUGAGAAAUUGUGUUUAAGACGCCUUGAAAACAGCGUUUGGAUAACAUCGCUGAUUAUUGUUUAUUUCGAAAUAGUUCUUGCUAAAUAUAAAUCUGAUUCUAAAUGGUCUUCAGCCUAUAAUAGUGCAAAGAACUUGGUUCAACAAAGUGUACGUAAUCAUAAAUAUGAAAAAGAAUUACAUGAUGCUUGCGAAAAAUAUCUACUCAGAUUAGAUAUACAGAUAGAGGAAGGUUCUGCAACUAAUGCAAAUGAAAAUGAAAAUGUAAAAAGCUCUGCAAAAACACCUGCUUCAACUGAACUUGAAUCGCCAGAUGAUUUACAAAAGAUUCAUGAUCAUUUGCCUGAAGCUUCACUUACGCUUUACAAUAGACUUGGUGAGAAUGAAGACAAAGUAGCUUGA